CCCGCCUCUUCCCCUCGAUUUGCCCUAACCCCCUUUCUUCGCCUCUUCUUCCUCGUUCCACUCCCGGCGUCGUACCAUCGCGGCAUCGUCUUCUCCGGUUCCCGUCCCCGUCGCCGUCCUCGGUCUUGAGGAGCUAAGUCUGAAGAAAUGGAGCGAUUUGCAUUUGUGGCAGAGUUGUUAGUUUCUUUGAAAGAUGAGGAUCCUACUGUUGUAAAACGGUCUAUUGUUAGUGGCACACAUUUGUUCUGCAGUGCCCUAGAAGAGAUUGCACUGCAGUUUCGUCAAUCUGGUGAGGCAGAGAAAUAUUUUCAAGAACUCUGGCUGGGGAUUUCCAAGUUUAAGGAUUCUGUUUUUUGUAUUUUCUUGAAGGAUGGCUCAGUCGGGACAAGAUUGGUUGCUGUGAAAUUUGUUGAGACAUUUAUUCUACUUUUCUUGCCUGAGACAAAUGGAUCUGAUUCACAAAGUACAACACAGACGCGAGAAGGAAAAUCACAAAGGUUUAAUAUUUCAUGGUUACUUGGACUGUAUCCAGUUCGUAAUUUAGAUAUGUUAAUUCAAGAAGCAGACAAGCAGUUACAUCUUCUUUUGGAUCAGCUUGAAUCACCUAAUUUGCUUCCUAGUUCUGCCAUAAUUGCUCUUAUAAACUGCCUUGCAGCGAUCGCAAGAAAAAGACCCUUGUACUAUAACCGUAUUCUCUCUGCAUUGAUCAGUUUCAGUCCUAAUUUCGAGUCUGAUGGAAGUCAUGUUUCCAGUAUCCAGUAUUCACUGAGAACAGCCUUUUUGAGUUUCUUGAAGUGCACAAAUGUGACCAUGAUUGCAUCACGUGAUCGGCUUCUUGGAAUCUUGCGAGGAAUGAAUGCUGGGGAAGCAGCCGAUCAAGUUAUUCGGCACAUUGAGAAAAUGACGAAAAAUGCUGAACGGGUUGGUGAUUCUCGAUACACAAAGGAGGAGCAGUUGUCUAGUUCUGGAGAUUUCAGUCGGAAGCGACCCAUAAUUCAUGAUAAUGGAAGGACACUUGUUCCUGAGGAGAUUUCCACCAAACAAGCACGCAUUGAUCCUGUCCAGUCUUCUAGUGGUUUAGCGCCAGAUGUUGGUUCAACAGAGGGACGUGCAAAAUCCUCUUCGCUGGGUGGUGAUAUGACACCAGUUGAACAGAUGAUUGCUUUAAUAGGUGCUCUGCUGGCUGAGGGAGACAGGGGGGCAAAAUCACUGGAAAUUUUGAUCUCAAAUUUUCAUCCUGAUCUCUUAGCUGAUAUUGUUAUGGCCAAUAUGAAAUACCUGCCAAAAAGCCCUCCUUUAUCUGGCAAGCCUGUUGUGUCUUCAACAACUUCACAGACAUCUAGUGUGCUGCAUCAGGUUCCACCUUCAUCCAGUGCAAUGUUCGCUCAGAGUUCAGGUUUCCCAUCUCAAACUACUGCCUUGUCCACUCCAAAUGGUACUACUUUACCAAUAUUAGAUGUCUUGCCUGCUGCUAGCAAUCUUACAGAUAUGAAGCGUGAUCCAAGAAGGGACCCUCGCAGACUAGACCCAAGACGUGCUGCAAUGCCUGCUGGGUCACAAUCAACUGUAGUCAUGGUGGAGGAUUCUGGUGGUGUACAAAAUGGGCCUAAAAGUUUUGAUUUGUCUGCUACUUCUAGACCUUACUUACUUCCUGUUACUACCAAGAGUGAAGAUACAAUAGUUUCUUUAGCAUGCAAGGCGGGAGCAGUGGCUUCAGAAGAGAGUGGGCCUCCUGCUGCUGUUCCAGGUACCAAUGAAAUAUCUGAAUCGUUGCAAGAAUCUUGUGAUGCAGAGAAUGCAACUGCAAUCCACAUACCAGAAGACAAGGAUACCACUUCUGAGCCACUUGAUCUGGAGGAGCAAUCAUCAAUUUCAGUGGAGGCUGCAACAUCGGAGACCAUUGAUGCCGGUUCGGCACAUGAAUCUGACCAGUAUUCUUCUGCUGUCUCUAGCUCCACUACAUCGGAAGAUACCAAUAGCAACUUGGUAAUACCACCAUUUCUGGAGUUAUCUAAUGAAGAUCAGGAAUCAAUAGUUAAAUCAGCAGUUACACGAAUUAUUGAGGCUUAUGACCACAUCCGUGCUGCAGGGGGCAGUCAUGUUCGUCUUGCAUUACUUGCUCGCUUGGUUGCUGAAAUUGAUGCCAACAAUAGCAUAGUUAUGAUGUUACAAAGGCAUGUAGUUGCAGAUUAUCAACAUCAAAAGGGACAUGACCUGUCCAUGCAUAUAUUGUACCAUUUGCAUGCAGCCAUGGUAUCACAAUCUGGAGGAUGCUACUUCUCAUAUUAUGAGACAAUCUAUGAACAGUUUCUUGUUUCUGUGGUCAAGGACUUACGUGAUAAUUUUCCAGCCUCUGAUAAAUCUCUUAGUAGGCUCCUUGGAGAGGCUCCUGCAUUGCCCAAUUCAGCAUUGCAACUAUUGGAGGAACUUUGCCAUCCAGAACCAGUUGAGCACAAUGGACAUGAAACAUACAAUGUGGAAGUUGAACGUGUCACACAGGGUCUUGGUGCUCUUUGGAGCUUGAUUUUAGGGCGUCCACUGGUUCGUCAGUCCUGCUUGGAUAUUGUUCUAAAGAGUGCUGUUCAUGCGCAAGAUGAUGUCCGAGCUAAAGCAAUUCGUCUGGUUGCAAAUAAACUAUAUCAUCUCAGUUAUUUAUCAGAAAAAAUUGAACAGUUCGCAACAAACAUGCUACUGUCAGUUGUUGAUGGGGAGCUAUCUCCAAAUACUGAUGUUGAUCAAAGAACGAGGGCAAAUUAUGAAAACCAUGAAACAUCCACUGGUGGUUCGCAAAGCUCAGAACCUGGUGCUACAGAUAGUGACUCAAUCAAAGGCGACACAAAGUUUGCUGAUAAUGCUCAACAAUUGUCUUCUUCACAAGCUCAACGUUGCAUGUCCCUCUACUUUGCCUUAUGUACUAAGAAACCAAGCCUUCUACAGCUUGUUUUUAGCGUUUAUGGCAGAUCUCAGAAAGCUGUUAAGCAGGUGAUUCAUCGACAUAUUCCUAUUCUGGUGAGAAACAUUGGCUCAUCAUAUUCUGAGUUAUUACAUAUAAUUUCAGAGCCACCACAUGGGAGUGAAAACUUAUUAAUAUUGGUACUUCAAACCUUGACGGCUGAAUGUACGCCUGCUCCUGAUUUGAUUGCUACGGUGAAGCAGCUAUAUGAGACCAAACUAAAGGAUGCAGCUAUUCUUAUCCCAAUACUGUCUUUGCUUUCUAAAGAUGAGGUUCUUCCUAUUUUCCCUAAGCUUGUUGAUCUUCCGUUGGAAAAGUUCAAGAAUGCACUUGAUUACAUACUGCAGGGCUCAGCUCAUACAGGCCCUGCAUUAACACCUGUUGAGGUCUUGGUCGCCAUUCAUGGAAUUAACCCUGAAAAAGAAGGGAUUGCACUUAAGAAGAUAACCGAGGCAUGUACAGCUUGCUUUGUACAACGCACUGUUUUCACUCAACAAGUUCUUGCCAAAGCACUGAAUCAGUUGGUGGAGCAGAUUCCGCUUCCUUUGCUUUUUAUGAGAACUGUGAUUCAGGCCAUUGACGCUUUUCCUGCCUUGGUUGACUUCGUGAUGGGAAUAUUAUCCAGACUAAUAAGCAAGCAGAUUUGGCAGAUGCCAAAGUUGUGGGUUGGAUUUUUAAAGUGUGCAUAUCAGACACAACCACAUUCCUUUAACGUGUUGCUACAGUUACCAGCACCGCAACUUGAGAGUGCUUUGAACAAGCAUACUUCCCUCAGGGUUCCCCUUGCCGCAUAUGCCAAUCAGCCAAGUAUCAGAACAUCAUUGCCUAGGUCUACACUAGCCGUAUUGGGUCUUGUUAACGAAAAGUUGCCGCCCACAUUUAUGCAAGUGUCGGCAUCACAAUCUUCUGAGACCUGCUCUUCAGUGCAAAGCACAACUCCAACUUGAGAUUGAAAUUUGGUCAGUUGUAGAUUUCUGAUAAAGUGGAUGAGCUUCCUAUGACUUCAUCAGUGGAAGGUGCUCUAAGCUGGACACAGCGGCUGAGAUAUUUUUAAAUCAGCGCGUGGCAGUACAGGCUGGUUAAUUCAUUGCCAUAAGAGUUACCCCAUUGCUGUAGGAAGCUCGGGCAACAUGAUUGCAGAAUGCUAGACUGCUAGCUUCCAACCAUGGCGGGGGGAGCUUUAUGUUGGUAAAUUAGCUUCUGAAGCACUUUGGCCGGAAGCGAGAGAUGAGCAGCACUCCAGCCCUGGCAACUGUACAGAUCCGUAGUUUGAGCCAGGCAUCGUCGCGUAAUUUUCUGUCCUCAUAUCACAUGCCAUUAUAUUGGUCAUUGUUUGCAGCUGUUUCUGCGUAUGCUUCUUUCCCUCCUCCAUUUGUAGCUGCUUGAAUAUCAUCAACUGGUCUGUCUGUAAUCUUGUAAACUUGUAAAAUGUGAUGUCCCAAGUAUGAAGAUCCUUUUUUCUUCU